AUGCCAGACAUCGACCCCGCGGCUUUGAGCCGUCCAUCCGUCAGCCUCUCGACUCCUAUUCUAUCCAACAAGACUCUUGCAGGAUCUGUACCCGGUGCGCUAAAGAUCGCAAAGUCCAGCCAAAUCAUUCCCGCCCGAAUCGAUUUGGAACCGCUAUAUACUGCACUCAAAGUCGCCAUUGGCAAUGAGAAUUGGGCAAUAUAUAAGGAAUCAACAAGCGAGUUCCUAACAGGACGCCUUAAUCAAGCUGAAUACUCGGAGAGAGUAGACCCCAUUCUCGCUGGCCCAGGCGACAAAGAGCACUUGCAUAAUAACCUCAUCGCUGCGAUCUAUGGAAAUGUCACUCGAGAAAUGCCCGACCAAGGGCUGGCGCCUUGGGUUAGUGCCAACGAUAAGCCUGCGGCGAUGACAGGAGCCAAGCCAGUGUCAGGCGAUGCAGCAGAACGGAGGUUGAAGGGAGAUGUUAUGCAAUUACCAACAAGGGAUCGAAGGCGCAUCAAGGAUCUGGUACAAAACGAUGUUGGUAUUUCAAAAUUGUCUCUGUUUCGAUCGCUGACAGGUAGCAAGUGGGAUCCGCACGAGAGCAUAUCGAAUGUGUUUGCAGACAGUCACCGCAAGCCUUCCACAGUCACAGUUUCAGAUGCCACCCCUACAGUAGGAGGCAUCAACAACAUGAACUUCGACCUAGAGAUUCGAAAACGAUAUGCACAACCACUGGCGAUCGAAUCUGGCGAAUUCCCCGACAUCAAUAUGAUCUCUGGCCGAAUGCUUCCCUCUUGUUAUGAGGCAGGUCUUGUUAAUGGCCACACUACCGAUGCUCCACAAUUCAUGUCAGUGGCUGUGGAAACUUUCAUCAAAGAAGUCCUUACCCAAGUGUUCAGUCGUACGAGGAGCAACGGCCCUGGUGAUACUGGCAGCGCAGGGUUUGGUGUUGGAACCACUUGGAUUCAGACACACAAGUACAAGCGUCAGUUAGAAUACGAAGAAGAAGCCGCGAUGCGAGGUGAGAUCACACGGGAUAAGGGCGGGCUCCUACCGAUCGAGUCACGGGCGGCCAGCGAAAGAGGCCCUCUGAGCAUGUCUGAUCUUCGCCUCUCGCUAGAAAUGGCCGAUUCAGGGAUGGCACAAUUCCCCGUAUUAAUGACUCAAGUUGUUUAUAGCUAUCGGGAAGGCGAGCUGGAGAAUUGGGACGACUACACCUGGGUCUAUGGCCAAGCACCUCAGGAUUAUGCCCACGAGAAAUAUGGCUUGGACGUAAAUGGAGGACGUGUCUACGAACUUCAAAAUGGACACCCUGACUGUAUGGAUAUCGACACAGAAACCUGGUGGGAAGGCGCAGACAGUCAGGAUACCGAUAUGCUGGACAAUGUCUUGGAUUCAUGCCUCGCUGCAUCCUAG